GGCCGGCAAAAAGAUGAUCUGGGCCCAGGGGCCAUGGCUUCUGAGCAACCACCUUUGAAACUCGAAUAUUUGUUUCCAGCAAAUAUCUUCGGUUUCGACAUGAUGGAGAAAAAAUGGGUCAACUUGCGGGUGGACUGUAUUUCACCCAUAACCUGGAACAAAACAUCCUUCGAGACGCUUGAGCUGAAGUUCGAGAAAAAGAUGCUCAUAAAGGCUCUCGUGAGCAACAAGAUUGCAUCCGACAGAGCUACAGAUGUAGUUGCUGGAAAAGGCACCGGACUUAUCCUCCUUCUCCAUGGCGGGCCUGGAACCGGGAAGACGCUCACAGCCGAAAGCGUUGCUGAAAUUGCAGAGAAGCCACUAUACCGCGUAACUUGCGGAGACAUUGGAAUCGACCCACGUCAGGUUGAAAAAUACCUCGAAACGGUAUUCUACCUCGGAAAGAUCUGGGAUUGCGUCGUACUACUUGACGAAGCAGACGUAUUCCUAGAGCAACGUUCUCUCGACGACCUUCCUCGGAACGCACUCGUAUCCGUGUUUUUAAGGACGUUGGAAUACUACAGUGGUAUUCUCAUCCUCACAAGUAAUCGAGUCGGAACAUUUGACGAAGCCUUCAAGUCACGCAUCCAGCUCGCCCUGCACUACAAAAGUCUCGACAAGAAACAGCGCAAGCAGAUCUGGACCAACUUCAUCAAGCGACUUCAAGAUAUGGACGAAAGCAUGGAUUUUGAUGGCAUAAUGGCGAAGAUCGAGCAACUGGCGACCUACGAGAUGAACGGACGUCAGAUCCGCAACGCCAUUACGACAGCGCGUCAGCUUGCUCUUUACAAUGAGGAACCGCUGAAUAUGGAUCACUUGAAUCAUUCUAUCGCUGUGUCGGGAGAGUUCGACGAGUAUAUCCUGAAGCUCAACGACGAUGUCAAAGACGACGAGUUGGCGCGUGAGCGUGGGGAUCGGCUGCCUUGAAGAGCUGUACAAUUCAGUGGUUCAUUGUUGUCAUUCACUGAUUCUUUCAUGAAUUUCACGAUAUGACGGAGUCUUCGGAGUCUAUUGGUUUGUCACGGGCCUUCGCAAUUACAAUAAUUUUACAAUUAUUUAUGUACUUUCAGUACGCAAAGAAUCUACC